UUAAGCUCGUCUCCCUCAAUGUUUGUAAACAACGUUUCCAUGUCACACCUGCUAGAAAAACAUCAAUAGUUUUCACAAUCGUGUCAUAUUAGGACUAUGACAGCUAUAGAGAAAAUACGAGAAGCUGUUACUGAACUGUAUAAGUUCAGGGAUGAAUACUACACAACCCAUGGCACUGAUGCGGCUGUCAAAAAGAACCAAGAUGUGCAUCGGCAGAUUAAAAAGACUUUACUACUAAUUGACAGUCAUAAAGAAGAGAUUGGCCCAGAGUCCAAAGGAGAACUUUAUUUUCUUCGUGGAAGAGUACUAAAUGCGACACCAGAAUACAGUGCAGAGGCAGAGGAAGAACUAGGAAAGGCCACACGUUUUAAUCUUCCUGAUGCCUGGAACGAGCUAGGAGAGUGCCAGUACAAGAAAGGAGAUCUGAGUGGUGCACAAACAUGUUUUGAAAAAGCACUGAAGCUGGUUCAAAAGAAGGUUUAUUACCGAAACAUGUCCAUGCUGAUGAGGAGUUUGCCAUGGAAGACUCCAGCUGAGAGAGAGGAGAAUGUUAACAAGGGUUUGGAAUAUGCCAGAAAUGCCCUCAAGCUGGAUAUGAGUGAUGGCCAUUCAUGGCUUGUCCUUGGUAAUGCAUAUCUGGCUUCAUUCUUCAGUGUGGACUCAAAGCUUGAGUCACUGAAGAACUGCAAAGCAGCUUAUAUCAAGGCAGCCCAUGGGUCAAGGGAUGCCUUCAGGGGGCAGUCCCUGCCGGUCUUCCUACCUGAGAGGCCUACCCACAGAGAGAGAAUGCUACAUGCAGAUGUUAGGAUCUUUCUCACCAUCAACUCUUUAGAGUUGGCAUCCACUUCAAGUGAGCCAUUGCAGCGCCUGGAUCUUCCAUCAAAAGUUCAGUGGUAUGAAGAAGACUAUGCUGGUGCCCUCAAUAGCCUCCUGCAGGCAUACAAGUUGGAGCCCACCUGGAUCGAGUGCAAGAGCAAGUUUGACGAGUGCCGCCGCUUCCUAAACAAGCUGGCCCAGAUGGUGAAGAGUAAGGGUCAGCUCAACCAGAGGAGGCUCAUGGGAUUCAUAGGGGACAUUAACAAUAGUCAGCUGGGACCCUAUGACAAAGGAGGAACCAACCUGAGUGGAGGGAGAAAACCAGACCUUGUUCCUCUGGCUUUAUUAGGUGAAGGUAGUAACCAGGAUAAGAUAAUUUUAGGUAAGGUUGUGUGCACCGUGAUCCCUGACUCAGGCAUUCCUUUCUCCUUCUGCCUGGUGGACAAAGACAGUUCAUGCAUUGCUGUCACUGUCUAUAAUUGGGCCAGUGGCUGUGGGGUCAAGAUUGGAGAUUCUGUUGCAGUUCUGGCACCUGUCCUGAAGACUCAUGUGGUUCAGGUGCCUGAAGGGGAGAAGCUGGAGUUCCGAUCUGUACGCGUGGCCCUUCCACUGAUGCUUGUCGUCAACAAACGAUCGGUGGGCAUCAGCCAAGUUGCAACAUCCCAGAUUAUCUCCCAACAGAAACCAGAGUAACCAAUUUCUUAGACAAGUUAGCUAGAGGCCUUUGCAUUCCCAAGUGACAAGUUACUUAAGAGGCAUUUGUAAUGUGAAGCUACUGCAUUCCCAAGCAAUUGGUCACAUGCAGGCCUGUGCCUUCUGAAGUGACUUUUUUUUUUUUUUUUUUUUUAAGGGCAUUUGCAUAUAGAUUGAGUGACAAAUCCUGUAAGAGACAUCUGCAUUAACAUGUAACUGAUUACAUAGUCAUUUGGAUGCCUAAAUGACCAGUUUGCUCAGAUGAUAUUGCAUUUUCAGUUCUUAUAUAUUCUUGAAGAAUAGGAAAACUUAACCCUUUAACUGCAGAAUUGAAUUAUAAGGCCCUUCCAGUAAUAAUGGCAAUUACCCUAAAAAAAAAUUGUGUUUUCUGCUCCUUCAGUACAUUUUCAGUAUGUCCUGUAGGCACUCUUUUCGUAUAUGUCACCAAAAUUCUUUGAUUAUUGCCCUUUAAAUUUAUAUUUGAUGAAAUAUGUGAAAAAAAUUGAGAAAAAUUGUCUUUCGUAAUAGUGUUAUAUCUGUUUUUUUAUAUAUAAAAAAA